UUCAGUAUUAUUACCUAAUAGAUAUAUAUCUUCCGUUAAAAAUCCUUUAAAACGUGAAAUCUCCCAACACACUCCAACACCCCGCGCCGGACCCUGCGAUUGCACCCAGCCCAGCCACACCUUCUGCUGUUCUGCCUUCCUCAGUUCUUCACCGACUCUUUCUUCUCCUCCGUCUUGCGAAUUGUUGUCAUCUGUGCUCCCACUCUUCAUCAUUCUUUCAAAUUUGAUAAAUUUUCUUUUAUAUUUUAGAUUUUGACUCUGAGAAACCUUUCUUUGGAGUUUGAUUUAGUUUUUCUAUAUUUUUUAAUUUAAUAUCAGAACUAAUUAGUUAUCUAUAGAAUUAUCGGGUCUGAAAUCUAGGAAGUUUGACAAGGAUUGGCUUUGAAAUCUCCGAAGCUUGAAACCCAACAAAGGCCACUUUUCAUUCAAGGUGUUUGAUGUUUCAUCCAUUUCAAUUGUUGUAUCCGGGUAUUUGACGCAUAUUGCUUAUAUUAUUGGGGUUGGAUACGGGAAUAAAAAAAUAAAUAGUACUUAGGUAUUUUGAUAAAUUGUCAAGUUUGGGUAAGGGUAACUAAAAAAAUAGUGGGUGCCUUUCCCGUUGCUAUUCCUUCAGGUGUACAUAGAAGUAAUGACGGAGUAUGAUUUGUUAAAGUGGGCAACUCGAUGAGCUUUUGUUUUGUUGUUUUCUGCUGGCAACAAAUAGCUUUACUUGUCUUGCUCCUGGAUGGAUGGCUUUCCGUUUCAAUUUGGGUGAUUGAUGUGCAGUCUGUACUUUCAAUUAAUUUCAUCUUUUGUUCAGUGUUAAUUUAUUAGUAGUAUAGUAUAUUUGAAAUUUUAUACAUGAAACUACUGUAUUUCAUAUGUAGUUACAUAAGACUAUUUAUUAAACUGUUCUUUUAUGAGUGAGUGUGAUCCUUAAUGGUCGAUCUGGGAAACAGAUUUUUGUAUUGAGUAUGUUUGAAUUUGGAGGUGAAAUUCAGUUUUACCGUUUGAAAGUUUGAAUCAAAUUCCAACGGUUGUUUGUUUUCUUUUGGGGGGGGGCUUAAUACCCAAAUAUACCUUCAAACUUUAGUAAGCCCCCAACCUUUUAUUGCUUGUAAAUAAAGCUAUUUUUUUUAUUUGUCUAUAAUAACAACCAUAAACUUGUAAACUUUUAAAAUCAAUGAAAAAAGUUCAAUUGGAAUAACAGAAGACUAACAUUUAUUGUCUAGCACUGUUGGUAAACAUGCAACAAGUCUUACUUAGUUUUUUGUUGUUCUAAUUAGACUUUUAUAGAAUAACUUAAGUUAUUAAAUAACUUAAAAGUUGUUCCAAUUAGACUUUUUUAAUUGAUUUUAAAAGUUCAUGAUCAUAAUUAUGGAAAAACAAAAGUUUAUAGCCUUAUUUACAUGCAAUAAAAUGAUCAGGAGCUUAAUUCCAUUGUUUUACUAAAGUUUGAGGAUAUAAUUGGUUAUUAAGCCCUUUUAUUGUGGUUGUGGAUCAUGAGGACAUUGUUGAAACUUGAAAGUGCAUUUAGGGCUUUGGGCUGUUUAAUUUUCUUUUGGGCCAUCGAAUUAAUUGAGGUAUUGGGUGUUGGUCUAUACCAUGCCCAUGUGCUUCAAAACUUGUGUGAAUUGGAUUUAAUGGCCCCAAAAGAGGCUGAGGACGAGUAGGAUAGGGGCUUAGGGGGGUGGAUAACUGAAGUUUAGUGAAACAUUAGGCUUGUUCUGCAUCUGGCCUAGAGUAUCAACUUUCACAAGAUUUAUCUGUUUAUGGAGUGUCAUUAAUCAGCUCAGCCUCUGGUCAAAAAUGAAAAUUAGGGAGGGAAAGGUAAUACUACUUGGACCAAUAUGAAACCGCCAGCGUCAGCCUCUUGGAAAGCCCCUCUCAAGUUCAGGAUGCCGACAGCUGAAAAUUUAGUACCCAUCAGGCUGGACAUCGAAGUGGAUGGGCAGCGCUAUAAAGACUCUUUCACUUGGAACCCUUAUGAUCCAGAUUCGGAGGUGGUGAUGUUUGCAAAGAGGACUGUAAAGGACUUGAAGCUUGCUCCUGGUUUCAUUCCACAAAUUGUUCAAUCCAUUCAGUCACAGCUUGCCGACUUUCGAUCAUAUGAAGGCCAAGAUAUGUAUGCUGGUGACAAGAUUGUUCCAAUUAAGCUUGAUCUUCGAGUCAAUCAUACAGUUAUCAGGGAUCAAUUUUUAUGGGACUUGAAUAACUUUGAAAGUGACCCAGAGGAAUUUUCUAGAACUCUCUGCAAAGAUUUAGGUAUUGAAGACCCUGAAGUUGGGCCUGCAAUUGCCUUUGCAAUUAGGGAGCAACUUUAUGAGAUUGCAAUUCAAAAUGUAACUUCAGCAAGAGAAAACAGAAUAAACAAGAAGGGUCGCCGGGGUGCUGAACAUUUCCCUCUCAGUAAAGCAGGUGGUGCUGCAUUGGACUUGAUGAAGUUAUUCAAUUUUAGAUCCAGUGUUGUUCGGAAAAGAAAGGAGUGGGAUUAUUAUAAACCCAUUCUUGAUCUUUUAUCAAAUGAGGACGUGGAUGCCCUUGAAGCCAAAGAAGAGAGGAGUGGUCGGUAAAUACUAAAUAAACUUAGUAUGAAGGAAUGCUGGUCGAUUUCUUUCUUUUCUUUUCAACAGUCUGUUUGAUGAUACGGAAUUGAUUAUAUUAGGCAGUCUAUGCUGUUGGUAAACAAUAUACAUUUCUAAGAACUGUAGA